AUGGGUGAUAAGAAUAAUACAUCUGGAUCUUCUGCUAGUAGUAGAAGAACGGACCCAGGAUGGGCACAUGUAAUUCAAGUUAGUGAAAACAAUACCAAUGAUCUUCAAUGCAUGUACUGUAUGAAAGUUUAUAAAGGAGGAAUUAAUAGAAUCAAGCAACAUCUUGCUGGAGGUUACAAAAAUGUAAUUCGGUGUCCAAAAUGUCCAGAAGAUGUAAGGAAUCAAAUGCAGGAAUUCAUUGCUAAAAAAAGAGAGCAAAAAUCAAUUAUGAAUAUGGAAAGACCACCUGAAUUUGAUGAUGUUGAAGUACUGGGAUUAGAUGAAAAUGAGGAAGAGGAAGAGUUGAUGCAAGAAAUUGGCAGUGAAAGAAGAAGGCAAGUACUGGAAGUUACAGGUACUAGUGCUUUUAAAAAAUUAAAAGUUUUACCACCACAAAGUAGUAGAGGGCCUAUUGACUGUUAUUUUUCCUCUAGACCUGCUGUUUUGGGAAAAAAUAUGAGGCAAAUUACCAUUGAUGAAAAUAGUCCAGCUAAAAAGGAGUUAAGGGAGUGUGCUUGUGUUGCCAUAGCACGAUGGAUGUAUGAUGUGGGAAUAGCUUUUAAUGCUGUGAAUUAUGAUAGCUUUGGGGAAAUGAUUCGAGCAAUUGGAAAUUAUGGGAAAGAAAUGAAACCUCCAAGUUUUCAUGAGGUUAGAGUUCGGUUACUUAAUAAAGAAGUGCAAAUCAUAAAUGAUCUUCUCGAGUCUCAUAAAGAAGAAUGGGAAAAUUAUGGAUGUACAUUGAUGUGUGAUGGAUGGACAGAUAGAAAAGGGAGAACCUUGAUUAAUUUCUUGGCUAAUAGUCCAAAGGGAAGUGUAUUUAUUAAAUCAGUUGAUGCAAGUGAUGAAUCAAAGACAUCGGCAUUGUUGGCUAGUUUGAUUGAGAAAGAAUUGAUGGAAAUUGGUCCUGAAAAAGUAGUUCAAGUUGUUACAGAUAAUGCAUCAAAUAAUGUUGCAGCAGGGAGAAUAUUGGAAGCAAAUUUUUCUCAUCUAUACUGGACUCCAUGUGCAGCUCAUUGUAUAGAUUUGAUGUUGGAGGAUAUCUUUAAGAUCCGUGUUUUCAAAGAAACAUUCCGCAUAGCUGUUGAGCUUACUGGUUUCACAUAUGGCUCUUCAGGAGUUCUAAAUAUGUUGCGGAAGUUUACUAAUGGAAUAGAAUUGCUAAGGCCAGGGCAAACUAGAUUUGCUACUGCUUUUAUUACACUGGGAAGGAUUCAUCUUCAGAAAGCCAACAUUAGAAAAAUGUUUACUUUGGAAAGUUGGACAACUAGUAAAUGGGCUAAAGAGGUGAAAGGCAAAAAGUGUGAAAGGACGGUUUUGAGUCCUGCCUUCUGGAAUCAUGUUGUUUAUGCUCUUAAGGUUUCCGGUCCUCUUGUUCGUGUGCUUCGACUUGUUGAUAAUGAAAAAAAACCAACUAUGGGAUAUAUUUAUGAAGCCAUGGAUAGGGCUAAAGAAGCCAUUGCCAACUCACUCAAUGGCAAUGAAGAGAAAUACAAUAGCAUUUUUGAGAUUAUUGAUGCGAGAUGGUCACUUCAAUUGCAUCAUGAGAAUUGA